AUGCCUCUGGCUUCAGCUCCCGCACAAUGCUGCACCCUCGGUGUCAAGCAUGAAGGCACACCCACCGGCCAGGAAAUCAAGGUCGGCAAGCACGACGCGUACCUGGCGGUACCCAAGAGCGAUGCGGCGCACAAGGACGCGGGCAUCCUGAUCGUCCCGGACGUGAUCGGCAUCUGGCAGAACAGCAAGCUGAUCGCGGACCAGUUCGCCGCCAACGGCUACCUGACACUGAUCGUUGAUGUCUUCAACGGCGACGCCCUCUCCCUCAACCGCGACGCCGACUUCGACUUCAUGGGCUGGCUCACCAAGGGCAGCACCGGCGACAACCCCCACACCAAGGAGUACGUCGACCCCAUUGUCGAGGAUGCCAUCAAGUACCUCAAGGAGGAGAAGGGCGUCAAGAAGCUUGGCGGCGUCGGCUACUGCUUCGGUGCCAAGUACGUCGCGCGCCACUACCCUGCCAUCUCGGUCGGCUACUUCGCACACCCGUCGUUCGUGGACGAGGAGGAGCUCGAGGGCUUCAAGGGCCCGCUGUCCAUCUCGGCGGCCGAGACGGACGAGAUCUUCCCCAAAGAGAAGCGCUACCAGGCCGAGGAGAUCCUCAAGAAGGGCGCCCAGCCCUACCAGAUCAACCUGUACAGCCAGGUCGCGCACGGCUUCUCCGUCCGCUGCGACCUCAGCAACAAGGUCCAGCGCUACGCCAAGGAGCAGGCCUUCCUGCAGGCCGUCACCUGGUUCGACACCUGGUUGGUCGGCGAGGACAACUGA